AUGGCGAUCAACGAAGCAGAACGGCCAAGCCGAACUAGAUUAAGCCGAAAUAUUGAUGGCGCUCGUGAAGAGAAACUGCGAAGUUUAAAGGCGUCAAACUCAGCGUAUCGUGGGGCUAUUACUCGAGUUCAAAAACGGAUAGAACAGUUAAUGACUGAUAGAAGCAAUUAUGAAGAAGUUCAAGCCGAAAAAGCGUCGCUGGAUAAAACGUUUAUGAGUUAUUCAAAAUGCUGUCAAGACAUUAAAGAUUGUUUGUACGAGGACGAAGUCACUGAAUUCCGUGAGAUAGCGAAAGGAUAUACUAACGUUUGCAACGCAAAGGAACAUUUAGAUCGGAAGCUUGGAGAAUGGAUAGCAAUCGCUGAUGUUGAUUUAGAGACGAAUUUUAAAGAACGCUUUGAGCCAAGCGAAUUAACGACGUUUCGAGUGAAUGAACACGAAAGGUUAACAACAUUGAACGAAUUUGCAUACCCAAACAUGCGAAGUGAUGGUCAUGUAGCCUCGGAUAUCGACAGUCGGAGAUCAAGUUUGAAUCGUGUCUCGCCCGGUAUGACGGAAUUGCAAUAUUUCAAGUCAAGAAAUGAGAUGCCUGAAUCCCGACGCAAGGUGGGUAUGAUUCGAAGCACUCAAACAAGUGUAGCAUCUGAAAGUGCGAGUAUUAGAAGAGCGAAAGCUGAACUAGAAAAACAACGAUGUAUGGAGAUGCAAGAGAUUGAACGCCAGCAACAGGCCAUUGAUCAUCAACUAGAAUUGGUGCAAAUUAAGCAAGAAAUGGAAUCGAAGCGUGCUGAGCUACAACGUAGACGUGAACUUAUAGAGCUGGAGAAUGACAUCGGAAGGGCUAAGUUGGAAGAGGAAGCUGAGAAGUUAUCGAUAAAUUACACAAAGUCAGAAGCACGAGAUGAUUCGAGAGCUGAGCCAGCGAAUCAGAAAAUUGGGCUUCGCAGGGAGCUGGCAAGGGAAGACUUAUCGGAGUUCACCAAGCCAUUAAACUCAAAAGUGAUUGAGGAACCUCGACGUGAUUCAUAUAUACGAAAGAUGGAAAAGGUCCAAUCGCAAGACAUUCGAGUUCCUGAUUCUCAUCCGCCGCAGAACGCUCCAGCUAAACAAAACGUCACAUGGUCAAACGAAUCUGUAUCUGAAGUAUCACCUCGGAGAAUCAAGCGAGAGGAAGGGAGUUAUGGUGCUGGUGAAUCUGACCCGUUGUACCGAGUUCUCCAGAGUCAACAAGAAUCAUUAAUCCUGAUGGCUAAUACUCUUGGUUCAUCGAUCAGAAGAGGAUUUGAAAUGCCAAAACGGGUUUGUCUUGGUUUUGACGGGAAUCCUAUGAACUAUCCAAAAUUUAUAGAAAAUUUCAAGACUAACAUUGAAGAAAGGGAACAAGAACCAAGAUCCAGGUUAGCUUAUCUUAUUCAGCUGUGUUCUGGUAUUGCGAAAGAUGCCAUUAGUAACUGUGUGAUGUUGCCUGAUGAAGAAGGAUUCUCGAGGGCUAAAGAAAUACUCCAUAAUUCGUUUGGUCAAAGUCACAUAAUCACGCAUGCGUAUAUCGACAAAGUGACGAAGGGAGGUUUAAUUAGAGACGGUGAUAGUGAGAAGUUAUUACAGCUAGCGCGAGAUAUGGAGAAUUGUCAGAUCAACUUAACUCAACUCAACUCGGCUGCGAGUCUGAAAUUAAUGCUCAAAGCAAUCUUGAGAGAAUCGUUGCACGGCUUGAGAGAAUCGUCGACUCGAAAGGUCUUCGAUGUCAUUCGACCUUAAACACCCGAUGAUCUUGCCCCAACAUCAUCAUGUUACCGAGUUGAUCAUUCGCGACUAUCAUACAAGUGAAGGACAUAUAGGACCUACCCAAGUGUUGGCAAACAUCCGUCAGACAUUUUGGAUUAUCCAUGGUCCUACCGAGGUGCGACGAGUUAUCAAAGGUUGUAUCCAUUGUCAAAAACGAAAUGCAAAACCCGGAGAGCAGAUAAUGGCUCCUCUUCCUGAAGCAAGAAUCACUCCACUGAAUCCGCCGUUCACCUUCGUGGGAGUGGAUUACUUCGGUCCAUUUAUUGUCAGCCAAGGUCGGGCCCAGGUGAAACGAUACGGGUGUUUGUUUACCUGUCUGACGAUGAGGGCAGUACACAUUGAAAUCGCCCAUUCCCUGGAUGCGGAAUCCUUCCUUUGUGCUUUCAGUAGAUUCGCGAGUCGACGUGGACAACCAUCUGACGUCUAUAGUGAUAACGGCACCAACUUUACAGCAGCACAUUCCGCCCUCGAAGAAGAGUUUGAGAAACUUCGCGCCAAAUCUUCCCAGUCAACCAUCACAGAUCGUUUACGAAAGCAAUACAUUCAGUGGCACUUUAAUCCCCCUGCUGCCAGCCACAUGGGUGGCAUUUGGGAGAGGCUUAUUCGCUCGAUUCGACGAAUAUUGAAAGCCUUGUUACAAGGACAGAGAGUGAAUGACGAAUCCUUGGUGACGUUCAUGGCAGAGACGGAGAGAAUUCUGAACGAGCGUCCAUUGACCCGUCAAGAAGAUCAUCCGAAUGACCUUGAACCGUUAACCCCAAACAAGUUACUUCUCCUGCGAUCAGAGCAACCACCUCCUUUGGGAAGUUGGGUAGUCGCCGACAAGUUCUCUAAACGAUGGAGACAAGCUCAACAGCUCGCGAGUGCAUUCUGGAAAAGAUGGGUUAAAGAAUAUUUACCUCUACUCCAGGAACGACAGAAAUGGCUGACAGUAAAGCGAAAUUUACAACCCAAAGAUCUCGUGUUAAUAUUGGACGAGAGAUUGUGUCGAGAACAGUGGCCGCUUGGUAUUGUCGAAGAGGUGUAUCCUGACAAGAAUGGUCGAGUACGACAAGUCCUGGUGCGCACAUCGAAGUCGAAGUUCAAAAGGGACAUUAGGAAAUUAUGUUUAUUGGAAGGAGACUGUUAA